GAAGCGGCUGGCAGCCAUGGAGCUGGCGCUGAAGGUGGGGGUCCUGGUGCUGAUAGCGCUGGUCCGCCCGGGCGAGGCGCAUGCCUCUUCUCUAGCGGCACCGAAGGUGGAGGUGUACUCCCGCAAACAUGUCGCACUUGGAGAGGAAAACGUCCUCAACUGCUUCGUGAGUGGUUUCCACCCUCCGAAGAUUGACAUCACCCUCCUCAAGAAUGGGGAGCCCAUGAGCGGCGUGAAGUACGCGGACAUGUCGUUCAACGAGAAGUGGUAUUUCGAGCGCCUGGUGUAUGUGCCAUUCACCCCCAAGAAGGACGACGUCUACGUUUGCAGGGUGGCCCACUCUGCCUUCAGAGAGCCGCAGUCUUUCCGAUGGGAUGCAGACUUCUAAGCUGUGUCUGGAACAAUCAUGGUCUGAAAAAUUCUGCCUUGCAAGUCAAAAUCUUCCUGAGCUUCUGUCCUUUCUUCAUGUCUCACUUGUGGGUAUGAUGAAGAGCAGCAAUUGUCUUCAUUGCAGAAUUCCUUCUUUAAUAAAGCUUAUCAUUAAAAUACCGUUUACCCAAAGCAGUACGCAAGCUAGGCUGCUUCUUUUUUGAGCACGUAGCUAUAAAAGUCUGCAUUACUGAUUAAAAAAACAAUUGUAGCUCUGAAUUGUACAGGAUUUUUAUCUAAAUAAAAUUGGACUCCUCCAGUGGGGUCUUUAAAAUGUU